AUGCAAAAUUCAUAUUCGGAGUGGCUUACGAAAACUUAUGUGAAAGAAAUGUCCAACACUCAUACCCUUCAAGCGCUAUCUUGGCGCAGAUUGUACCUCGCCAGAGCCAAACUCAAAGCUGCAAGUAGGACGUCAGCAUUGUUGUCAGGUUUUGCCAUGGUUGCUAUGGUAGAAGCACAAUUAGAUGACAAUAUCCCCAUAGGACUUUUGGUGACAUUCAGCGUCUGUACAACUCUCCUCGUUGCCGUCCAUCUAUUGGCUUUAAUGAUAAGCACGUGCAUUCUCCCGAACAUUGAAGCGGUCAGCAACGUCCAUAAUGUGACAGCCGUCAAUGAGUCACCACAUGAUAGAUUACAGAUAUAUAUUGAAUUAGCGUGGAUUUUUUCAACUGGUAUUGGAAUAUUACUUUUUCUCAUCCAGAUGGGUGUGUUGGCCUGGGUGCGAUUUUAUAAAUUUAGCAAUCAUGAGGCAUCGAUUGCCUCCACAGCGAUUAUAGUCCCAGCUAUAAUCAUAUUUAUCAUUUUUGCAAUUCAUUUUUACCGUCAGCUGAUUGCACAUAAGUAUGAAAGGUCACACAAAGGCCUUGAAGAGCUGGAAUCUAUGGCUAAUGAGCUGGAUGGGAAUGGAUUAGCCAGCAAUCCAAGAGAUCCAUUAUCACAAGGAAAUAUAGAAACUGUAUGAUGAAAG